AUGGCUGCCGAGAAUUGCAAUUCUUUUGUUAGAUUUGCACUAAACCUUAUUUAAUCUGAUGAUUUUUGUGGAACUACAUCUCCCUUAAGAGAAUCACCCAUACCAAGACUAAAAUUUUUUGAUCUUGAUGAUAGUCCAAGUUCUCAUAGUGGAAAAAAACCAUUUCCGAUACAAUAAAAAUUUGUAAAGCAAAAAUAAAAUGAAAAAAGUAUCAAAUGCAAAUGCAUGAAAUCAAAAUGUUAAAAAUCUUAUUGUGAGUGUUUUGCAGCAGGAAGAGCUUGUAAUAUAGAAUGCAAUUGUUUAGGGUGUAAUAAUUCUAACUGCAGUUAAUAAAUGAAGAAAAUCUAAAUUUUAGGAUGUAAUUGCAAAAAAACUGGAUGUGCUAAAAAAUAUUGUGAAUGCUAUUUAAAAAAAUAAAGAUAUACAUUUUUGUGCAAUUGUAUUGAUUGCUGUAAUUAAGAAGAUUCAGAUUCAGAAAAAGAAAAUGAAUAAAAUCAUUGUAUAGGAAUACUUAGUUCCAAUUUUUUGAUUAGUCAAAUUACUGAAUAAUUAAAUAAAUGA